AUGUCGGCCAGCAACAUCAUUGGCGACCGCAACAGCACGCCGGCGGCGACGAGCUCCAGCCUGCGACCGCCUUCAGCGCGUACGAUGGCCGGUGCCGGGCAUCAGCUGCGCGCGUCAGCAGAUAUGGGGGCCUUUUCCUCCACCUCGCUACCCCACCGCGGCAUCCGACCAGCCUCAGAGGUGUAUUUGAGCCAGUUCCAGCAGAGCGCGAACACGACGAACCCGGAGGAUGCGGCGGACAAGGUGGCACAACAAUGGAUCGCGGAUAUUGAUCAGUAUGAGACUACGCUGGAGGAUAUGGCGGCGGCUACGCUCGAUCAGGAUUUCAAGGAUGAGCUGAGUGCGAUUGAACAGUGGUUCCGUGUGCUCAGCGAGCCCGAGCGGACUGCUGCGCUGUACGCGUUGCUACAGCAGACGACGCAAGUGCAGAUCCGCUUCUUCAUCCAGGUCCUGCAGCAGAUGGCGAAGAGCCACCCGAUGUCUGGCGUUCUGUCGCCUGCUGCGUUUGGCGAGAAGGACCCGAUGUCGUCCAGGAUGAACGACGCUAUGAACAAGCUCAACGUGGAAGGGUCUCGUGGUUCUUUUGGCUUUGGCGGCAAACCACCGGCCUCGCCUGGCGGAGCUAAGCGCAACUCAGGGCUGGAUCCACACACGAUCAAGUCGAUGUUUCCGGAUGCGGCGAAUGCUAUUGAGGAUCAGAAGGCGGAGUUUGAGAAGACGACGGGUCUCGCGCCGACAUCGAAUAGGAACAGCGCGGCGGUGGGUGAUAGGUCUUCGCAGUACAUGGCUCCGUCCCUCUCUGCGCCUGGGGAAGAGGGGCAGGGACAGCACAAGCGUAAUGGCUCCAACAUCCCACCUGGGUCGUGGAGAAGUAACGCAACUCCCAAUACUGAGAACCAGCCACCUAUCGGCGGACCGAAGUCAUCCUCCAGCCAACAGCCACCAGGACAGCCAGCGAUGGGACAAUUUGGGCUGAACCAGCCCCCUCCUUCUGCUGGCUUGCGGAGUGGUCGGCCCUUUGCGCUUUCGAGUGAUAACAACAUCCAGAGCCAGACGGCUACCGCAAAUGAUAACGUCAACGCCGGCAUGCCGAUGCUCUCUCCCUACGCUCCUGGUGCCAGCUGGGCGUCUAUGACCAACACUCCGAUGGUACCCAAUUUCCAGAAUCAGAGCAACCAGGCUGAUCUAGUUGCCAACGCCACCGCCAUGAAGCUCGCCGCUCUGUCUACGGUCAACAACCGCAUACAGCUCGACGAUGCACGGAAGUUUCAGCGUCGCGCCCGCUCAAAUGAGGGCAACCAACCAGGCGGUCAGCCGCAGCCGCAGCAGCAGAUGAACCCUGGCAUGCCUGCGAAUUUCGUCAUGACCAAUGCCGCCGGCCAGGUUCUCACGCCGCAACAGACGGCCGUUCUACAAGCACAGCAGAUCGCCGCCAUGCAGGGCAGGCGAUCACGGCCCAGCUCACCCGGCAUCGCCAUCACCGGCCCUCAAGGCCAAACAGCGGGCAUGGGCAUGCACGGCGGCGGCCUACAGAACAACGGCUACCUCGCCGCCUACGACGGCAGCAACAUGGGCCAACUCAACACCGGCAUGGGCAACCUCGGCCUCGGCGGCUUCGGCUACAAUCCCGCGAUGAGCUCUGCGGUAGCAGAAGGCUAUCUGAGCGACGCAUCCGAGAUGCACCAGCGAGGCCGGUCGCCGCGUGGCAGGAGAGGCAGCAGCAAGCCGCCCGAAGACCCGACGGAUAUGAAGCUGCUGAACGAUGUGCCGAGCUGGCUGCGUACGCUGCGGCUGCACAAGUACACCGACAAUCUUAAGGACAUGCGGUGGCAGGACUUGGUGCAGUUGGACGAUGCGGGGCUGGAGAGGAAGGGGGUCGCGGCGAAGGGGGCGAGGAGCAAGUUGCUUAAGGUGUUCGAACAAGUCCGAGAAGCGCAAGCAGAAGGGAGGCUAUAG